CCAAAUGGAAGGACGGAUUCAUUCUUUAUUUCGAUAAUAAGAAUCAAAAAUGGAAAAGACAAGGUGAAAUGGAGGUUGUUUUGAAAGGUUUACACAAUUCGAAGAAUAUAACUGAAGAGUUUUUAGACGAAAUUAAACUACAAAUGCGAUCACAUUAUGAGCUUGGCAAUACAAUAGAAUGUUUUGGAAUUACCAAAGAUCCAGAAACUGGGGAUUUCAUGAUGAUUAUGGAGUUUAUGAAAGAUGGUAGCCUUCGUAAUUAUUUAAGCAAGAAUUUCCUGAGCUUAACGUGGACCCAAAAACUAGAGAUUCUAUGUACUGCGGCUAAAGGUCUCCGUGAUAUCCAUGAGGCCAAAUUAAUUCACAAGGAUUUGCAUCCUGGAAAUAUCCAUGAUUCCAACCUUGCGUUAGAAAUUGCUCGAGGCCGUCGUCCAGAGAUCAAUAGAAAUCUUACCCCACAAUUAGUCAUCGAUUUGAUUGAAAGAUGUUGGAAAAAAGACCCCAACGAACGACCAAGCGCAAAUGAAUUGCAUGAUUGUCUCUGGGGUUGGUAUUCUCACUCAAAAUCAAAAAGCUUCCAUAAAAUAAAAGGCCAAAUCGAAGAAAUUGAAAAAUCGCAAAGCUUUGAAAGAUAUUUGAAUAAUUUACCAUGCAACAACAACAGUACUUUGUUGGAUUCUCAUGAAUCCAAUACGAAAUCCAAUAUGAAAUCCUAUACGAGUAGUCUAAUAGACAUUUCACGCAUUGUGAAAUCCGUGGGAGUAUCAGACACUGGUAUCGUUGAUCUGGUGAUCCCCGAAGAGAUUGAUAAUGCUUAG